GAGCAAGCAUUUUUGGUUUUUUGAAGGGCUCAUUGAGCAAUUUUCAAAUGUUUUUUUAAGAAAAAUAAUUGAAGAGGCCCAUUUAAGCCCAAUAAUAAAAAACCGGUACCCGUUUCUAACUAAAUAGGUUUAGCAGCAAACCAGUAGCCAUACACAAACAAACCACUCCUUCUGUUCCAAAAUCGCAGCGUAGUAGUAGUUGCAGCAAAAUGCCUCGCGCAACCACUGUAGAGUGCCCUGGUUGUCCUCCACUUCGAGCUUUAACAUUCGAUACACUUGGUCUUAUCAAAGUUAUCGAAUCCCGUGAAAUACAAGGAGGUCCCAAGGUAGUAGAUAGGUGGGGUCAACCCGAUUCAACUAAGUCUGUUAACGCUGUUUCACUCAUUCAUCGCCAAUCCAACCCAUUAUUAGCUGUGGCAAGAAAAGAUGGACAGAUUGAGGUUUUGAGCCCUGUCACUGGAGUUUCUCUAGCUACAAUAUCAAAUGCCAAUGAUUUAGAUCUUCAGUCUCAAGAGAAUAAUGUUAUUGGUUUGCAUCUAUUUGCAAAACAAAAUCUUGAGUUAGAAUCCAGGGCUUAUAAUUUACUUACAUGUACGGGCAAAGGGAGUGCAAGCAUAAGGUCCAUUGAAGUUCCUGAUUCAGCGACAGGAUCUUCUAGCAUUGAUUCUUCAAAAACCUGGAAUGUAUGUAAUAGUGGUAACGUCUUGUGUUGCAAGGUGGACAAAAAUGAGAAGUUUGCUUUAUUUGGAGGGAAAGGCGUUGAAGUUAAUAUUUGGGAUCUUGAUAACUGCACGAAGAUCUGGAAUGCCAAAUCUCCUCCUAAAAACAGCCUUGAUAUAUUUACACCUACCUGGUUCACAUCUGUUUCAUAUCUAAGUAAAGAUGACCAUCGGAAAUUUGUUGCUGGCACCAAUAACCAUCAGGUUCGCCUUUAUGACAUAUCUGCUCAGAGGAGACCUGUUCUCUCUAUUGAUUUUCGUGAGACACCAAUUAAAGUACUGGCUGAGGAUAUAGAUGGCAAUACAAUCUAUCUAGGGAAUGGGUCUGGUGACAUGGCUUCUGUUGAUAUACGUACAGGUAAAAUGCUAGGAUGUUUUACCGGAAAAUGCUCUGGAAGCAUCAGAUCCAUUGUCAGGCACCCCGAGCUACCUGUGGUAGCUUCAUGUGGACUGGAUGGCUAUUUACGACUUUGGGAUACAAAGACAAGGCAGCUUCUUUCAUCUGUUUUCCUUAAGCAGCAUAUUCUGCAUGUUCUUUUUGAUUCCAAUUUCAUUGUUGAAGAUACUCCCAAAGGAGCGGAUUCGCUACCAAUCAAGGAAGAAACUAUAAAAGAGAUCACAGAUGGGGAAGAAAUUGAAGCUACACCUUUGAAAAGAAAAAAGUCCUCUAGAAAUAAAGAAAAUGUGAUAGAUGGUAGUAAAAAAAAAAGAGCCAAGGAGAGUGAAGAACACAAAAAAUCCAAAGGAAAUGAUGAACAUGAGAAGACGGCGUCAAGAGACAAAGGAAGCAAGUCAACAUCAAAGAAAAAAAACAAGAGCUCAAAAUAUGAAAUUCCAGAUGAAGGGUUGUGAUUUAGCUGGAUUUUGUACUAUAUGAUAUUUACGCCGAGGAAUCCAAACCAAUAUUGGGAUGUAUGUAUGGUGAUUGAUGAUGAUGGUGGUAAAAGUUAAAGCAGGAGUUUGUUUUUGACAGUUGGAUCAGAUUGGAGGUUACUUUAUGGUGAAGUUGCUAGGAUGGUUAGUUUGUGGAAUUCUUAUGCACUUGAUAAGUGUGUUGUAAGUUAUCCAACAAAAUUUAUCCUCAAACAUGGAGGAGGUAGGAUCUGGGCAUCUGUUGGCUUGUGGACAAUCAAUCCUAUUUUCUUAGGCGUGAAAGUGAUUUGAAAAUCAUUUUCUUUAUUCAAUCAAAUUUUGUUGAGUUGAUAUGUUUCUUAUGAUUAGGAGAUUACUUUGAUUUGUAUUUAAACUAAUAGAAUGUUUCAAUUUGAGCCUUAUGAAUGCAAAACAUUGUUGAGAGGGGAGAUCCCACUAAAGGAUCAAUUUUACCUUUUCAACGAGAUCAACCAUA